UCAUGUCCAAAGCAGGGGUCAUUCGUGUGGGACUUGGUAUAGUUCUUGGAGCAGCUGCAGGAAUAGGUCUCAUCUUUUAUUUCUACAAACAGAAGACAAAGAAGCACAGUCAGAAAAACAACUCAAUAUAUCCAGUUGUACAUUGUCAGCAAAAUGCUGUGUAUGUUCGUGAACAGGGAGAAACCCUUCAGCCUUAUAAUCAAGUUCCAUGGAUGAGACCAGAACCAGUGGCAGGUGGUGAUAGCAUUCCAUAUACAUCUCUUCUAACACAUGAAGACCAGGCUGAAGUCUUAAACCGUCUUGAUUUUGUGCGCAGAAGCCUUAUAGAGUUGCAACAUGAGGUGCAAGAAUUACGGAAUAGCCUACAGAGUUUAGCUGGAGAAAUUAUUGGAGAAGUCAGGUCCCAUAUAGAAGAAAGCCAAAAGGUUAUUCGGCGGAGGCGUUUUAUAUAUCCCAGAGAAAGAAGCGAUUCCACAGGAUCCAGCUCAAUAUAUUUCACAGCCAGUUCAGGAGCUGGCAACACAGACGAUGGAGAAAGUGAAGGGGGCUAUACUACGGCCAAUGCAGAAUCGGAUUAUGAUAGGGAAUCUGAUAAAGAGAGUGAUGAAGGAGAAGAUGAAAUCAGCUGUGAAACAGUUAGAACUGGAAGAAGAGAUUCCUUGGACCUUGUCAAUGAAGAUGAAGCAGGACUGAGUUUGGACACUGCUUCAGAAGAAGAACUUGCUCAGUUACUUCACCAAGCCGAUAACUCACACAGAGGGACUGACCAGGAGAAGAGAGACGGUUUCCAACUACUGCUUAACAAUAAACUUGUGUAUGGUGACAAGCAGGAUUUCCUUUGGCGUCUGGCCCGAGCUUACAGUGAUAUAUACGAAAUCACAGAAGACACAGAGGAGAAGAAAUCAUAUGCUUGUGAUGGCAAAGAAGAGGCCGAAGAGGCUCUGCAGUUAGGAGAUCAAAACGCUGAGUGUCACCAAUGGUAUGCUAUUCUGUGUGGUCAGUGUUCAGAACAUGAAAGUAUACAAAAGCGCAUUCAAGCUGGUCAUGUCUUUAAGAAACAUAUUGAUAAAGCCAUUGCUCUGAAACCAGAUGAUCCCAUUUCUUAUUAUCUCUUAGGUCGGUGGUGUUACCAGGUUGCUCAUUUGGGAUGGCUGGAAAGGAAAACUGCUUCUGCUUUAUAUGAAGAACCUCCCUUAGCCACUGUCCAAGAUGCACUGGAAAACUUCUUAAAGGCUGAAGACCUAAACCCUGGUUUUUCAAAAGUGGGAAGAAUAUAUAUUGCCAAGUGCUACAAGGAGCUGGGGGAUAAUUCUAAAGCUGCGCAUUGGUUGACUCUGGCUUCACAGUUGCCAGUUAUCACAAAAGAGGAUGCAGAAAGCAGCAGAGAUAUGGAAGAGAUGCAAGCAAUUUCUGCUGAUUAAGGAAUCUUAAAUACUCCCAUCUUACAAUAAGCGCUGAAGAAAAUUCCAGUAUAAAAAUAAUCUCACUGUGGCUCACACUAGGCUUCAAAACAAACCACACAGUGGGGGGAAAAAUAAGCCACAAUUUCACCACUUCUUUCUCAAAGAUUGUAGCCAGCAAUACAAAAUAGUUUUUAAAAAUGUAAUUCAGCUCUCUCCCUUAUCACAACAUAAGACGAUCCUAAUUAACACCUGUGUUUUUACCUGUUUGUAGAAUAAAUGUUGGCAAAUCCAUUAGUAUUUUUUCCAUGCUGCCUUUGGAGUAAUACCCAUUCAGAAAUCUCUAGUACAUACGUUUUUUUCCAACAAUUUCUGGGAAAAUUGAUAACAGCAUCAUAAAACAUGUAGAAUUAUUUAUAGCAAUACAGUAUCCCUAUCACUUGUUACUACUCCUUAUAGGGGCUCCUAAGUGCUUUAUUCAUGUCAUUUGAAACAUCUGCUGGGUGCUUAUACUGUAUUUUGCUCUUAAAGAGAAAAAAGUAGUUUGGAAUGCCACUGACUGAAGAAAAAAGAAGUAGGAAAUUCUUUGAUUUUCCCCUUCUCCUAGUAUCAUAGCUCUGAGUUUCUUCAGUUAUUGUUUCAACCUAAAGAAAUAUCAGGAAAGAUUGUCAAUAUAUUGCCUGAGUUGUAUCUAAUGUGGGAUGAACCAAUAGAUCAUGGCCUUUUUGGGAAAUUGAUUAUCUUUGCUGAAUAAUAUAUUAAUUCUUAUGUCUGCUAUUAUUUAAGAUGUUUUAUUGGUUUUAUGUAUAAGAAUAUGUGUGGCAUAUGACACAAAUAUUUGAAAAGUUGAGGGAGUGACAUGGUAAAAUCUACCAAUGCUGUUCCAUGUGACUUAUAAAAUGCAAAUUUAGGUGUGGUUUAAUAAUAUAAAAGUAAGAAUGCAAACUAAAUUAGGUUAUUAUUCAGGAAAUUAGAGGUAUUAUCCAUCAUAACAAAUAAUGGAAAAUAUUCAGUUGAAGUGCAAACCUAUUAAUCUUUUUAUGUUCAAAUACUUUAUUAAUGUUUGUUUACUAGUUGACAGGGUAAAGGAUGGGGCCUGGUGUGCUGCCCUUUCUUGGAAUAGCACAGAGCACCCAUCUGCAGCAUGUCCAGAGACUGAGUGGUCCUCCUUCUAGUUCUUAAAUAUUUUUCGAAAGAAAUAACAUUACUGCUAGAAAGAACAAUUAAACACUGUUAAAACACAACACAAAAAAGAAGAAUUUGCUUCAAUUGCAGGGCUUAAAAAAUACAUAUCAAUGCAUCCCUCCCCCCACCCCCGUAUUGCAGAGAAAGUACAUUAUCUGCAAUUCUGGAGAUCAUAUGUCUAAUCCAGUGUACAGCAUGGAAAGAAAAUUAUAUUUAAAAAAAUUAAAAAGAGGGGGACCACAUGUAUAUGAAGAGAUUCUAUAAGCUAAUAAGCUGAAUUGUGUCAGAGAUGUGUGUAACAUAGAUAACAUCAGUGAAUAUGAGGUGGAAUUACGUUAACUAGUGGGUUUCCACUUGUUGUAGACCAAACGAUUUUCCAGAAUCCAACAUAACUCUUUUCUAUGUGUGCUUUGAUUUUUGGCAGAUAUUUUUGAAACCAUCAUUUCAUAAUAAUGAUAGCUAUAUUAUUACAGUGAGGUUUAAUCCAUCUGCCAUGUUGGACAUUUCUGUACCAUGAGAUCAGAGACAACUUGCAAGAAUUUGAUCCCUUCUCAUAAAGAUGGAUAUUCCAUUACCCUUAUAUUGCUUUUUUUAAUUUUACAAAAUAAUGUGGAACAAAAAGCAAUAUUUCAGUCCAAAAUAAUGGGUUUUCCCUGUUUCUUUAGUUUGUAACCAAAAAUAUCUAGAACCUAUCUUAUAAGUACUGUAUGCUUCCAAACCAACAACGUAAAGCCCAAGUUUCAUAAUGAUUUCAAAGAAAUGUGAUGCUGCUAAGACUAUAAAAUUUUUGCAGAGAGAGUAGUGUAAUGUUUAUAUGACCAGAUGUUGAAAAUAUGCUGCUAGCUUCUUAGCUAGUGGACUUACUUACAAAUCUUCAAUAAUGACCUAUACAUUGUUUAGUGGAGCACCCAAAGUUAAACAGAAGUAUAAUAUAUAAAUAUUUUUAUAAGACAUAUGACAUAAGGCAUUUUAAAAACACAUAUUUACUGGCACUGUUAAUAUUUUACUCUGGUAAUGUGAGACCAAACUCCCCGAACUUCAUUUCCCAUUCAGACUUCUAUAUAGCAAGCUAUUGUUGAUUUCCUAAUUUUGUUGGGUAGAGGAGAAAUUCCUUGUGGAACAUAACAUGUUUUUGUACCUUGGAUUCUUUUAUAUUAUAACGAGGUGUAGAGUAUAUUCAAUUUGAAGUCUUACAAAAUUAAAUAUGUGGCAUGUUCUAAGGGCAAAGAAACUUGCCUUUGCCAAGGAGAAAGAAAAAUACUUAUACUUUAUUGCUUUUUCAUGCAAAUCAUUUCAGUAUUAGGUUCAAAAUGUGCAGAAGCAAGUUUGAUGCAGAAAUUUUAUUCUGAUUGAAUCAUUCAGCUGUUCAUCUAAAGCAAUGUUUCUCCACCUAGGAAGUUUUAAGAGGUAUUUUCAGAAUUCCCCAGCCAAUAUGCUGGGGAAUUCUGGGAGUUGAAAUCUAUACCUCUUAAAGUCACUGAGGUUAAGAAACAUUGAUCUGAAGAAUCUUUUGUGAAAUCUGUGGCCUUGUUUGCAGAGAAGAAGUACCCCUUGCCAAUGUCAAUUAGCUUUGUUAAUAUUUGCUUUCAUAACUCUACAUUUAUUUAGCAUUUUUAUUCUAUGUUAGAAUUGAGUUUUGAGAUGUAACUUUGUCACUUCCAUAAUUUCCAAUGCUUAUUUUUCUUAUAUCUCAUUGUAUAACCAUGUUUUAUAUCAUUUUAUAUAACUGACUGGUUUGUGAUUGCAGUUAAUUAACUGUUCCUUCUGCUUUAAAGAUUGUAGCCAAAGUGAACACGCAGAUACCUGACAUUUGACUUCUGUAAGUAGUUGACCAGUCUACUGGUAAAUGUUUGUGCACCGAAUAUUAUUGGAGUGGCAAGUUGUGUAAAUGUUUUAUGUCAAAGCAUCAGCUGCCUAUUUUAAUACCAUUUUAGAACCAAGCUCAUUAUCAAAAUUAAUAUGACAUUGUAAUAAUCAGUCAUAGCCUGAGACAAAGCGCCUGGGAAAACCUCAUGUAGCAGGCAAACAUUUAGAGAAAAAUAAUGGUGUUGUAGUUGGUCAGAGACUUACAGCCUGGUUUGAUAAACAGACUCCAUCCUCAAUCCUCAGAAACCAUCCUUGGUUAUAGAUAAUCUUGGUUAUCUUUGCCUUUAAGCCAAAAGACUCCAGGGCUAGCAGCAGGCUGCAGAUUACAACUAAAGAAUUCCUGAUUUCACCUUUAAAAUUUUCAUAUAGAUUUUUUUUGUUCUGCAGUCUCUGAGUUACAUUUUGUCUUUAUUAAGGCAGUCAAACAUUCCCAGGUUAGUUCUUUGGGAAUCAUGACAGUGGAUGAACUGUGGCUCCUUUUCUAAUUCAUUGAAAUACAGUUUACAUUUUAAGUAUACAAAUGUGAGAAUUUAGCUAAUGACCAAAGUGUUGCCUUUGAGUACUUUUUAGAAUAGACUAAAAAGCAUUUAUAAAAAAUGAAAAUAAAACCCUAUAUUAAAUAGCUGCAGUGCUAUAUCCUACUACCCAUGUGUAGACUCAUUCAGGCUUCCCACUGAGUUAAUAUGUAUGGGUUUGCACUGCACUAAAGUAUACUUUGCUGGUUUUGCCACAUUUUGACAUUCCAUAUGAAUUCUUCUGAAUUAGAAUCUUGAAUGAUUCCAUAUUUGUUGACAUUAUUAAUUUACAAAUGUGUGAAAGCAUUUGUGUUAUACGAUACUUUUGGACUGCCUUACAAAUAUUUUAACAUUGCAUACAACCAAACUAAUGUAGGGUGGAUUCUAAAGUAACUGUCACAACAGUAAAGGCAAUGAGAUUAGGAAAUUAAAAGUAUCAAUCCUUGAAUCUGGAUUGGCAAACUAUCUUCUUUAUAAGUGUCAACUUCUAGAUCUAGUCAACAGUGAUGAAUGGGUGAUAUUUUUGAUUAAAAGAAGACAUUUGGUAUGACUAAAUUCAACACUUGUGUAGGCAGAAUAUUGCCCACUGAUUGCUUUCUGUGUGUAGUUAAGACUCCAGCCUUUCCCCAAAGAAUAACUGCAUUGGAGAAGAUGUAGUCAGGUGGAAUUAGUUUAGAGUUUUGAAAGCUGGAAGAAAAGGCUUGGUAUGUUUUUCAGGCUACAGUGUCUACAUAAUUUGCAUUAAUGCAAGGAAACUUUUUCUUAUAAUUCUAUCCACUCCUUUGCUUUGAGAAUAAUGUUUUAAUUAGUGUUCCAAAUGUCAAAAGAUGCCUGUGUAAUUAAGUAUCUUGAAUGAGAUGCAAUUACAGAGGAGAGUAACCUUUGUUCAAAGGUGCUUGGAAAAGCAUUGGUUCUUUUUCUUUAGAAGGUGUAUUUUGAGCAGCCUUAUGUCAGGAAAACAACAUAUGGAUGUGUGACUAAUUUUGCUGAUUAACUGUGAAAUUAAGGGUGGAAAUACUUUACAAAUGCACUGCCUCCCACUGCACGCACUGAAAAAUUAAUGUGAAAAUAGUAAUAGAAAAAGACGUAUUGAAUUACUGACAUUGAGAUAUUUACUUUGAGUCUCUUUCAAGAGAGCAAAAAAGUCUCCAUAAAAAUUUCCUGAUUGUACUGUUGUGCUUUAAAAAAGCUAAUACAUGAAUUGACUGUCAAGUAAUUUAAAUUUCAACACAAUUUUAAUUGAAAUAAAAGUAAAAACACUAAAA